AUGUCGCAAUACACUCAAACUCUAACUGGCCCCGCUACUACUACUAGUGCCCUACAGAUUAACGGGACCAUUGCUCCUUCAACGGAUGCCCAAACGCUACCAGACACGCUCACGGCUACCGCAUUAAACGGCCUUGAAGCUUUCCAUCAUAACAUCGCUCCCGAGCCCCUAGACGAUAUGAAAGCUCGACUAACUUCUGAAAUCUAUCAAGAUGUGUAUCGAUUUCGUGACGGUGCUCCGCCCCCGGAGACUGAUGGAGGGCAAGCAGGUAGUUAUCCCGUAUCACUUGACACACCCGUGCAAGACCUUUAUGAGAGUUAUCGAACUCAAGUAGGGGUGAGCCGGACCAUCAGUCAACAGAUCUUGACAAAGUGGAGACAAUCACAACGUCAACCCACCAGGGAAAUUAGUGAGAAGGCUUGGGAGGCAGCAAGAACAGCUCCGGUGGUAACUUUACUCGUACCUACUGGUACUACUCCGUGGAGCAGGGUUUCAGUAAACGCUAUUCAAAUGGGUGCUUUCUAUUUUGCUGAAAACGGGACAGUUAGACCCGUUAACGAUUAUCUCUUAACACAGGACUCCGUGUGGGAGAUCGAUGAGACGGUGUUUGGUAUGGGUCCGCCGGAUAAUGCGUAG